GUGAUCGCGCGUAUGACAACGAAAUGUUUUGAUGAUGGAACGAUUGAUCGUAAACCGUGGAGAAAGAAGCGUCUAUGGAAUAAUAGUACUACACUCUACGACAGCAAAUCAUCUACGCUUAAUUAUGACAUUCCUUUUAAUGGUAUGACUUCUACCGAGGAAUUCGAAUCUCUUUGAUGUGAUUUCAGGAUAAGUGUUUUCGUAAACAACAUACUGUACGUUUCUUGUGGUACAUUGUAAAAGAUAGCGUAAAGUCGGAAUUGUUCGAAAAAACAUGGCCUUAUAAUAGCAUCCAGUCUGAAGGUGAAGAUAUUUUGAAUUUCUGGUGACUUUCAAACAGUUCAAGCGCUUGUUACGAUAUGACUUCUAAACUUUCUCCCAGUGGUUUGGGACGUUCUGCAGGGUCUGGCUCUGACAUGAUGUCCAACAUAACAGCAGCUAGGGCAGCCGCGACCUACUUCGAUAAAAUCGAUCGCUACGAGCUUCAGGAAUCACUGGCCUAUUACUCAAGCGACUGGCUGCUUUCAACUGAAGACACUCGUAUUACAGUAGAACCACCGGUUGGCUUAAUCUCUGGUAUAAAAGUACACAAUAAUUUUAAUAAUGCCUUGAUUUUGAUACCUCACGAAGAAGGUAUUGAGCCAUUGGAAAUGCGAGAAAUGCAUGAAAUUGUACGAGAACUUGUCACUGGGAUUUUCAUAUUAAAUCAAGUUCCUUCAAUUUGUCUGGAAGCAAAUUACGAUUGCAGUACAUCAUGUCAAAUACCACCUGCUUACUAUGAUACACGUGUGGGUCAGUUACUGACAGAGGUAGACUACAUGAUGAAGAGCUUAUGGCAUGGUGCUUACUUCCCAAAGGACAAACGGACAAAGUUUGCUGAGCGAUGGAGACAGGCUGUCAAUCUAAACACUACCACAGGAGAGCCAGAAACUCGACGGAGCCUGCAUCUGGUCUGGACAGAGGCAGGAAUCCAAGAUCUUGCAAAAGACCCAGAAUUCAUGGCAGCAUAUGAAACCCUCCCCCCAGAGAACAAAGACGAUCCCUUUGCCAUGGAAGAGAAGAAGACAUUCAUGAGGCAUGUUGAUGAUUUAGCCCUAAAGCUUACACUGUUCCAGAAGCAAAUACACCAGCACCAAAAUAUCUUCUUAGUUGAUGCUGAUUAUCACAUUAGUAGCAUAGUGAAGUCAGACAAACUUGAAUUCCCAAUUUAUGAAAAAUUGCAACGUCGAAUCACAUCUCAUCAAGAGUUCAUCAGAAAAUUUUUACCUUUAAAGGCUGAGCUCCAUCGACAUCUAGUGCUGCUGAAAUUUGUAAGUUUUAUGGUUCCAUUCCUUAUUGCUAUCAAAAAGCGCUGCAAAGUUCCUGAUGUCUCAAAACUUUUACCACCAUUUACAUUCGAGGAAUGCAAGACAGAACGUGAGUUCCCUCCCCUUAUCCUUAGACCUGACUUUACCUGUAAGAACUUUGAGAGCUCAGAGAAGUAUUUCCAUUUGCAUGGGGGAAUUGUGUUUGAUCGUGAAACUGGAAGCACUGUGCCUCUGAGUGACAGUAUAAUUGCAGAGAAGGAGAAUUUGGAGUAUGUUGCGUCAGAUGGAUACAGCAAGGCAAGUACUGACUCUGUGAUGCUGGAAAGUUAUCCAAUGAAACUUGUGGAAGUUAAUGGAAAGAGCUACUAUGUUUUGAACAUUGUGCUAGAAACGUACUAUCCUGCAUCUCCAAAGCUUCCUCUUUGGGUUCACGCACAUUAUGAUGAAAUAGCCAAGCUCAAGCCUAAGAGGCUACCUAUUCCUGAAUUGCAAAUCCAUGAGCAGUUCAAGAAGAGAUAUGGCUACCAGAAGACGGUAAAACUCAAGCAAAUCCCAGCAGGUUUGCAUGCAGCUGCCGUAAGAGGCCUUGUUGCAAUAUUCUAUACAAUGUGCCGCAGACUUCCCCCAUCAAGACUCACCACACAGGACUCUACUGGGUUGUCAUUGAUUCAUUAUGCAGCAAUGUACAAUCGACCACAAAUCAUUACGAUGCUGAUGGUGAUGGGUUUUGACAUUAACGUGAGAAGGUUUAACAACAUUUCUUCUCAGGGUGUUACUCCGCUCCACCUUGCCGCAAGAUGUGGUGCCCUGGAGAGUCUUGCAUGCUUGAUUUCUUACAAAGCUGAUGUGGGUAGCAUUGACAGUCAUGGAUGGUCCCCUGUCCACUAUGCCGCUUACUUCAAUCACGUUGAUUGUCUUCUGCAUUUGAUCCACAAGGACACAAAGCUUUUGCAACUGCAAUCUAAAGAUGAAACCCUAUCAACACCAAUCCUGCUAUCAGCAUCUAGUGGUGCGUUGGAUGCGGUGAAGUGUCUGAUUGAGCUAAAUGCUGAUUACACAGUCACCAAUAAUCAUGACAAUGGGAUGAUCCAGUUGGCCUCCCUGCAUUUCCACACCAACAUCCUGGAGUAUUUCAUUGAGUGGAACAACAAAGACCUGCCAGUCUGGGAUAUUCUUGUAGGUAUGCUGAAGUCAGAACAUCUUGAACGACAAAAGAGUGCCGUCAAGUGCCUUGAGGUACUGUCAGUCGCCAAGGAUAAUCACUGGAAGUCCAUCCUCUAUGCAGGAGGGGUGCCUGCUCUUGUCACCUUGCUGAAGACGGAUGAUGAAGACCUUCAAGGGUGUGCAGCUUCUGUCUUGUGUAACAUCGGUAGCCAUGAAGAAGUCAGGCUUGAGGUGUCAGCUGCAGAUGCUGUUGUGGUUGUCAUAAAGCUCCUGAAUUCACCAGUGGCUAUGAUCCACUCCCGAUCUGCUGUCAUAAUUGGUGAUCUUGGCUGUGUUAGCAACAACCAGGAGAAAAUUGCUGAGGAAGGUGGCAUUGAGGCCCUGGUUGGACUGUUAAACUCAGAUGUGGAGCAUGUACUGGUGAAUGCUGUUAACGCUCUCAGGGUCGUGGCAGAUGGCAGCAAAUCUAACCAGAAGGCCAUAGCAGAAAGUGGUGCUUUGGAUAUUCUUAUCAGUCUUCUCAGCACAAGAUCAAAAAAGCUUCAAGCAAACACAGCUGCCUGCCUCAGUUCUUUAGCUAAGUGUCACCAUGACAACCAGGACCUGAUUGUUGCCAAGGGAGCUGUUAAGUCCUUAGUAACACUGGCACGUUCCAAGAGCUCUGUGUGCCAAGUGAAGGCAGCAAGUGCUCUCGAGGCUCUUGCUGAGAAAAACCCAGAGGCACAAAAAAUCAUAGAUGAAGCUGACGCACCUAAGCCUCUUAUUCGUCUGCUCAAGAUGUGGUCAAUUGAGGUGAAGGAGCAAGGUGCCGGAGCACUGUGGGCUCUUGCAGGGUCAGUGCGCUCGCACCAACAACGCAUCGCAAGCAUGAUUGGAAUCAACAUCCUGGUUGAUAUGCUCAUGCUUAAAUCAGAGCGACUUCAGUACAUUGCAGGCUCAGCUAUGAUUGCACUAGCGACAGAAAACAUUGAAAACCAGAACAAAAUCGUGGCAGGGGGUGGGGUGCUACCAUUGGUAAGGCUCUUACGUGCUGGCAAAUCAUCACAAAAGGUGCUGCUGAUGGUUAUUCGAGUGUUGGGUAUCCUGUGUGUGGGCGUGGCCCACCAGUCAAAUAAGUCGACACAGGUGGAGAUUGCGAAUGCUGAGGCCCUGGUCACACUGGUCCAGCUAUUAAGGUCCUCCAAGGUCCCGCUCAUACAGGUUGAGACAGCCAUCACAAUCGGCAAGAUUGCACUGAAUAACAACCAGACACAGAAGGUGCUCGCUGAGCAGACUCGCUUCCGGGUCAUUGACAUACUCCAUCUUCUCAAGGAUGAGGAAGAAGAGGUGCGCCUGAAGGCUGGACGCGCUUUAUCUAUCUUCGGAUACAACAACACCUCCCAGCAGUAUGCCAUCAAGAAUGCAGGUGGAGUCAAACUUGCUUCCUUUGAGGAAUUCCUUGAAUCCUCCACGCAACUUUACCGGGCACAUGCCGCAUUCCAGAUCAUUGUCCUCGCACGUGUAAUAGUUGACUGUGACCAAGUGACGUUGACUGCCCGUGGAGUCCAGCUCCUUGUGUCGCUACUAGCUUCAGAUGAGGACCACACCAAAAUACUUGCCGCCAGCCUUACAGCCAGUCUUGGCCACACAAGGGCUGGUAUACCCGCGGCUCUUAUCACAGCAGGAGCUGUCAAGGCGCUUUUACAGAAUCUGUUUAAUGCAAACGAGGAGGUUCGCAGCAGUGCUGCCGUUGCGCUGGGAUACCUGUCGUUCGAUCGCACAGCGGAAAGACUGAUGCUAGUAGCGUGUCGUAACACACCUGGACUAUUCGACGCUCUCUUGCGGAACCUCGGCAGUGGCAAGAUCGCCAUGGUGUUUGUUGACGACUGGAACCAGACAAAAAACGUCGGGCUUCCGUCAGAAAGUUUGGAGAUCAACGGUGGACCUGCAGUACCGAAGAAACUUCCACCCGGGGAACGUCGCCGAAGGCCGCACACGACACAAAGCCUUCCUUCUGUUCGUCACGCGCGAAGCGUGCGCGAUCGCGCCAAGCGUGUAGCAUCCGCACCUGUUAUAGACAGCUACCGCAACCGUGUAAAGGCUGAUGUUGUGCGCGCCAUGCGACCGACCACACCCGGCGAGGAGCGCAUAGCUGCCAUGGAGUCUGCGGCAGGGGCGGCUAGCAUUUGGAAGACCAAGCUGCUCUCCCAUCGACCCAAGGCAGUAGAAAGAAAGCUGAAAAACUUGACGAUUCAUGAACCAGACGCUAGCGACCAGUAGGGUGCACGCAUCCUUGACCCUGCCGUUCUUAUCGGGGCUCCUGUGCAGAGAUGACCUAUGGAGUACUGCGGAGCCUGGGACAGACCCUGCCGUUCUUAUCGGGGCUCCUGUGCAGAGAUGACCUAUGGAGUACUGUGGAGCCUGGGACAGACCCUGCCGUUCUUAUCGGGGCUUCUGUGCAUAGAUGAACUGCGGAGCCUGGGACAUGGUGUCGAACUUUUGAUAGCCCACCACAAACCACAAGUUCUGCCAGAACACGUGACUACGGGAAAAUGCAAAGAAGAUAGAGCCACUUUAGGCUUUUCCUGAUCACGGGGAGGUAGCCUGGAAUUUUUUAGCUUGGGUUUGCAUGGAAAGGAUUUAUUUGAAAAAGUGAAAUUCAUAGCCUGCUUUCCGGCUCUGAUUUUCGGAGUUGUCUCCGAGUUCAUAUGCUUCUGGGGAGCAACUUCAGAAUACCCGUCCACUGUGGAGCCACGUUACUGCCGUGGUCCGCGGUCCGCUGUGAAGCCGUCUUUGCAUAUUUAUAGAACGAAGUAUCAAAUAAUAAGUCUAAGUAAUCUAAGUCACUGCUACCGUGGUCCGCAGUUCGCUGUGUAGCCGUCUGUGCAUAUUUAUAGACAGCGGACCGCGGACCAACCAAUUUCGCAUUAUGGAUGAAUAAGUAGUCUUUGACUGCGGACCGCGGACUGCGGACCAACAUGAUAUAUCCGAUUAUAAUUUAAUUGUGUAAUGAUGGAUAUUUUAUAUUAGUAGUAUUAUAAAUUAAUUGUGCAAUGUUGGGCACUUUACAUUAAGUAGUUCUGGACUGCGGACCGCGGACCGAUGAAAUUUAGAGGCCUUAAAAUGUGGACGGGCAUUCUGAAGUUUAGCCGCUUCUGGUGGCGAUAGACCAGCGCAUUGAUGGUUUUGCCGGUCCUGUGUUCAUAGUAGAUAUCAAAUAUUAUUAAAGGAUCAGAAUAUGUAAAUAAUAGAUAAACAUCUAUAGACAUUGGAGUAUAGAGUGAAAAAGUUAAAUUAAGUUAUUUGCCCACAUACACAAAAACGGCACUGUAUCACAAAGGAAUAAAUAAAGAGACACUACGCA